UCGGGGAAUGUCCGUAACAAUAAAAUUUUAUCAGUAGGUCGUUUUUGGUGUAGAAUGAAUGAUAAGUUGGAUUUUUUCCUUUGAACCAUUUAUCAUUGUCCGGUAAUUCGAAUCUAAAGAGAGAGACUCCUGUCUUUUCAUCCUUUGCGCAUAUGCAAAUGAUUGCAAGAUCUUCUAGCUUUAUGAAUUCACUGCCUUUAUUUUGUGGUUUAUGAGGGAUUAUAAUCGGCGAAACUGUUCUUACGAUAAUUGAACAACAGAAAAAGUUCAGAUAGGAGUCAGGCGCUGGUGACCCUAAAGGGUCGCAGUGAAAUAUUGCUGCUUGGACUUAGUUUUAUUGAGAGUAAGGUCGCUAUUCCACCGUGUUGUCGAAUGUAGAGAGCGGAAGUGCAGUUGGCGUGUUUUACGGCCUAAAGACAAGUGUUGAAAAUCCGGGGGACCCGUGCAUGACACGGAAGAAUUGUUAUUAUUCUUAAACUAAGAUAUCUUGUUAAAAAAAUAGGAAAAAAAUAAUUCAUAGUCGUUUAAUGAUUGUAUAAUGCCUUAUGAAAAAGACCUUGGGUGACAGGCUGUUUGAAACUGGGCUUCUAGAGCAGUGUUUCGCUGCUAAAGCCAACGUUACGGUUCGUGUCACCCGUAUCUUCGAAGUGAAUCAUUAAUAGGCAUAGCAGCCGAAGGGCCUGGUUCGAGUCAAUUUAGUUUUGCAUUACAACGGAGAGCUCCAUCUUGGAUUUGAAGCCAACCUUCGGAAAAUUGAUAAUAAACACGGAUAGCAGUCCUUCGUCAGUACCAAAUGUGGCUUUUUAAAGUCUCAAGUCCUUUUAAAACUAUUAAACAGUAUCCUUGACUGCAUCUGUGGUAUAUUUCACCUGUAAAGAGUUGAUUGUUGAGCGGAAUUCGUUGUGUGGUGAGGACACGAAGAGUUUGCUUUGUUAUGGCGAUCUGUAUUUAGCUGUUGGAAUAUGGACAAAAAUUGCACGCCAGCGCUGCAAAUUAUGACCGAAUGAUGCUUAAAUUGAGGAAUGGAACCAAACAGUCCUUUCCAAAUGCAGUUCUAUGAUCAAGGGCAUGGAAAUUCAAACGGCUUUCUUCCAAGUUACUCACAAAGUCCGGGCAUGUCAUCCCCGAACAACAACCUACCUAGUCAAACACCUCCAUUCGGUUAUCGGGGAAUGGAGAACGGAAUGUCACGUUUCAUGCCCGAGCCGUUUGAAACACAGAACUUUCCUCAACAUGCAAACCAAUAUUAUCAGCAGCAACAGAAUUUAAGACGCAAUGAUGCGAACUUUAAUUAUAAGAACCAACUCGGUUCUCAAGGCUAUCCAAACCAGCAAGGAAACUUCGUUGGCAAUCGUGAAAACUUCUCAGGUAGCAAUUACAAUUCGUUUGCACCGUCAAGUAUGAAGGGAAGGAUGCCAUCUGACAGCGAUAUGUUUGCAAGUUCUGCUCAAAAUUUCUCUCAAGGAAGGCAGAGUUUUACGAACAGUGUGUCGAGGGAUCAUUUUGGUAAUCAAAUGCCGAUGGGUAUGAUGGAGGGAGGAAUGUCUCAGCAAAGUCCAAUCGGCCCACAUAUGGCCAAUCAGACAUCAGAAUUCCCACCACAGUAUCAGCAAUUUCAGAAUCGACAAGAAUUUAGUAAUAAUCAGUACUUUGGUCCAGAUGCUGGAUUCAGAAGUAAUGGAAUGAGACCUGAAGGCUUCAAUCAUCCCUUAUCACAGUCAGCUAGUCCACAGACACCAACUCAAGGUCCAGUUGAUCAACGACAGACAAGUAUGUACAGCCCUGUUGGACCAGGUUUUCCUGUCAACCAAGCAAAAAGUAUGAACAAUACAGUACAAAUCCCAACAGAAAACCAAAGACAGGCUGCAAUUAUUGCAGCAGCAGCUGCAGUACGAGCAGCAGCAGCAAGCAGUCGUCCUGGGCGAGAUUUCCCUCCUGGCACUGGCUACCCAAAUGCCUACCAGUAUGGGCCUAGAGGAUUUGUAUCACCUGAUGUAAUGGGAUCCCCCUUCAAUAACACAGGCAAUGGUAUUCAAUCACCACAGGGCAAAGACUUUCCAUCAGCAUCACCACUAGGUCCAAAUUUGCCGCGACAAACAGCUAAUUUUGCAGAUUCUCCAAUGAGUCAAGGACGAGCCAGUGCUAAUUCAAACAGGUUUUCUCCAAGCGUUGAACAGACCGCCUUUGGAAGUCCGGGGUUUGGAAACCAGGCAAAGGUGCAAAAUGCAUCUCCAGGAGUCAUGAAGAAAUCUCCUCAAAGUGAAGGUGCAAAGUCAAGUGUAUCCCCAGCCAGCUCCGCAAGUAACGGUGGGGAAGUUAGCAUUAAACAGGAACCGAGUGCUCUUGAAAAUUGUUCUGCAGCACAAAACGAAAAAAACAAUGGUGAAAACGAAAUUGAUGAAGAUUCAGUAAAUGAUGCCGAAGAACUAAUGGGUGCUGCGAAGGAAAAACCUAUCAUUGAAGAGAAUCCCAGUGUUAAAAAAGAAGCUGACCCAGAUGAUUCGAAAACUGCUGCGAACGAGCAAGCUGUAGAUGAAAAACCGCAGGACGAGCCGGACAAGAACCUUCUCGCUGCCCCGUCUACCAAGUCAUCCGCCCCGCCAACCCCCUUGUCUGGGAUAUCUGGUGUUUCACCAGCCUCGUCUCCGUUUCCUGAAGACCUCGAUAGCAUCAGUCCUUCGUGGCCAAACACACCCACAUCACCGACAACAAAGAGACUGCUGCAAUCAAGGUCGCCUGCCAGAUUCGAUCAGCUCUCAAAGCUGUAUGAUUUGUCAGAAGACGAAGAAAGGCGGAACUUCCUCGACAAGUACCUGGCAUUUAUGAGUGUCAAUGGAACACCUGUGACGAAAGUCCCCAUUGUCUGUAAACAACCGCUUGAUCUUUAUCGACUGUUUCGAGCUGUUCUCACAAGAGGAGGGCUUCAAGAGGUCAUGAAAAGGAAGCAGUUCAGAGAAGUCUUGAAAUCGAUGGAUUUGACAUCAACAAGUGCUUCACUCGCCUAUACUGUGAAGAACCAGUACACAAAAUACCUACUGCAGUUCGAAAACAAAACUAGAGACUCUUUUCUGCGGGCAUGGCAGAAGGAGGGCGCUAGCAAGCCCCCAGAAAAGCCAGUACCGACCAUCGCUUUGGAUGAUACGCUACCUUCAGCUGCGAAGGAGCUUAGUCAUGCAUCACAGCAGAUGAACAAGAUGCAGUCUAUGCCGUCAUCUGGCAUGGCGCAGGAUUCUGGUUUGAGAGAUUGGCAGAUGCCUGUCCCAGAUGGUGCCAAUCAGAACCCGUAUCAAGUAAACAACCAGAUGCAAAUGGCCAUGAGUCAAAACAACCCCAUGAGCAGUGCCAUGAGCAGUAAUCAAACUAGGCCAGUUUAUCCUGGCAGAACGUCGUACGGUAAUAACCCGGAUGUGGGUUCUGGAUACCAAAUGAACUCCUUUAUGCGCUUCCAACGACCAAACUUUCAGCGUGGCCAAGCCCAAGGCUUUGGUGGCCAGUCGUUUCCUGGUGGAAUGCCACAGAACCCCAUGCAGAACCCUCUAUCGCCUUCAUGGCCAAGAAAUUUCCAGCAAAGGCCAGUGUCAGGACCCCCGGAGCUGUUUCCUGAAGGCCUCCAGAGAGCUCCUUGGAGUCAGCAGCAACAGGGGGCAAUGAACAGAGCACAGCAUCCACAAGCAUUCAUAAGCAAAGAACAACGAUUAGCAAAUAAGAUGAAAGGAUACCAAAGCAGUCUGAAAGACCAGAAUUCUCCUUGGCCCACUAACAAAGGCCCAAACAUCCCCCUGAAACCAAAGCGAUCUUCUACCCCAGUGACUAGUGACCAUGCCAACCAAUCCCAGAAGUCAUCGCUUCACCCUGCACUGAAACGAGAGCCACUUGUGUUUCCUCCUGAUUCAGUAGAAAACACCAAGCCAGUUCUUAAUAAACGACACAAGCUCACAUCAAAGGAACUUGGUCCUGUUGAGGCUUGGCGGAUCAUGAUGUCGCUUAAAUCAGGGCUGCUUGCCGAGUGCACUUGGGCCAUCGACACCCUAAACAUUCUCCUACAUGAUGAUAAAACGAUAUCAUAUUUUCAUUUACCACAACUUCCUGGUCUGUUAGACACGUUGAUGGACCAUUUUCGUCGUUGCUGUAUGGAUGCGUUCCAUGUUUUAAGAGACGUCGAGGCGGCCAUGCAAUUCGAAAAGGAACUGACAAAUUCACUUCCAGAAGAGGACGAAGAAGUCCCGAACAAAAAACGGACUAGAAAGGAAACGCUGAACGAACUAUGGGUCGGUGUUGUCAAGCAUGCAAAGUCGAGUUACUCUGCCACUGUUGCUUCGUAUAGCGUCUGUGAAGGAGACGAGGACGUGUGUGAUCUAACAGAGGCUAUUUGGAAAUCGGGAGGGGGUGAUGACACUUCACAUAUACAGCUGUCACUACGGCCUAAGUUAAACGACCUAAGAACGUUUCAAAACAAAGUCACGGGAUCUCUAGAUAGAGAAGAUGUUACGGCGAAGGAGAUUCCACUACAAGAAGAAGUAAAAACACCAGAUUGCGAUGUUAACGAGGUUGCAUCACAAGAGAACCUCUGUGAAGACAUUUGCGAUUCUCCAAUGAAUGAAAAGGAGAAUGUUGAGAUCACGGAAGAAUUACCAAAAAAUAACGUAAACGAAAAUCAUAGCAAGGAAAAAAGUGACGACAGUGCGUUUGAUAAGAAAUUUAAUCACGUGCAGCCAUUUUCUAAGAAAGCAAUAAUCGUAAAUUCAGACGAUAAGGUACUUAGCAAGGAUCGUGAAGAAAUCGUGAACGAGAAAGCGGAAAUUAAGGUGAAUGACGUCACGAGUGCAGCUACUGACAGCUUACAAUCACCUGACACAAAGAAGGCUGUCGACGAAACCUCGAAAUCUGCAUCGGAAUCAACUCAAGCGGCUGAGUCUUCCGAAGAUGAGAAACUAAAUGGCGGUAAGGUGAAAAAUUGCCUGUUGGACGGAGAAAAGCUUUUUGAUAACUCAGAGUUGAAGAUGUCAGGCAAUUUAGCAGCUUUUGAAAGUUUCAAAGCUAUGGAGUUCUUAGAGAAAGGUCUUUUGCAGCCUAAGCCGUUAUUAGAUACUACUGUCGAAGAGCUUUGCGGUGUGCUGGAGUUAGAUACAGACUAUACAAAGCAAUACUUAGACACAUCAAAGGAGUUUAUAGGGUACUUGAAAUGUCGUUUGACUGCAGAGAACCGUGGCAGAGUACCGAGUCAAGAGGCUUUCGCUCCUGAGAACUCUCCGUUUUGUUUACGAGGCGAUAGCGAUGAAUCGAUAUUUGGUCGUCUUGUAGCCGUAUCAAACAUUUUCAGGUCACUGUCGUUUGUUUCAGGUAAUGAUAACGAUCUAGCAAAUCAUCCUGGCUUGUUGCUGCUAAUGGGCAAGCUCUUGCUUCUCAAACACGAGCACCCUGUCACUGAUCACUCGGAGUUUCGACUCACUCAGGAGGAUUCUGACAUGGGUACGGCUGAAGCCCAACAGGAUAGAUAUAGCGAGCUCUGUCUGGAAGGCCUUAAAGCUGUUCGUGAAAACAUUCUUGUCAUCUUAGCGAAUGUCGCUGGACAAAUGGACCUGUCUCGAUACCCAGAACACAUCAUUCUUCCCCUUCUUGAUGGCCUUCUACAUUGGGUUGUGUGCCAGUCUUCAGAGGCACGCGAUCCAAUGCCCACUGCACCUAGCAAAUACGCACUGUCACCGAAGCGACUGGCCCUUGAGACCCUGGCAAAGCUGAGUAUCACUGAUAACAAUGUUGAUCUGAUACUAGCAACACCUCCAGCAAGUCGUCUAAAACUGUUGUUCAAAGAGCUAGUCAAGGCUAUUGGUAUUAAGUCGUCAGUGCCUGUAAGGGAAUUCGCAGUUGUCGUUUUAGACAAUUUAUCGCACGGGGACAACAUCAUACCGACCAUUGUCGAACAAAAAUCGUGCAUAGGGAAUGUUCUUUUGUUUUUAGAAGAGGCAGAGAAAAAUACCUCUUCAUAUGUGUCGGGCGGUGGCGUCGUGCAACCAGGACUGAGUGCGGAAGACGUUUGUGGUACCAGUGUGAACAUGUUACGGAGAGCGGCGGAUAUUCUUCUCUGCUUGGCUCGCGGCAUUAUAGACAGAUCCCCAUUUUUACCAUACGUUCACAGAAUACUAUCCCUAGCCACUUCACAAAUGAUGGACACCAGUGUGCUGAAGAUUUUAUCAGAAAUUAUGUACGAACUAAGGUAGAAGAUAUCCAGAGAAACUUAUCUUUUCUAAUGUCAUUCUAGGUGACAGAGCGGACUUAGAUCCACGUUCCCGCCCUUACGCGGCUUUUAGCUUAACUUGCCUGUGCCCAGUUUUAAACGAGUCCUCGCUUUGAAAACCCCCUCGUUUCGAUGUAAGCUUAUUGAUGUCAUGUUUGGUUUGCUGUAAUCAGUGGGUUGCUUAUGAAAAGAGAGGCAAAAACGUGUAUUCUUAUUUUGGUAGGCAGGGAGGCUUGCAUGUGCUAGUAUUAAGAUUUUUAAUCGUUUCAGGCAGUGAAAACAAAACCAGGAGAGGAAAUUACCAAUUUGAAUGUUAAUAGGCCUAUGACAAGUGAUUCGUGAUACAUACCCAUCGCAAACGAUUGUUUGCGAUGGGCUACAAUAUUUUUUGCUUUCUUACAAAGCAGAAUGUUUUUGACAUUUGUGGUAAACAUUUUCUGAGGCUUAUUUACGAAUUCAGAGGGGUCAUCAGCGUUUCCUAAGACAGAUAAUUUAGUAUAUCAAUCAAACAUUAAAUUGUGCAACCAAUUUGCUAUUUUAGUUAUUAUCAAUUACUUUCUAAUUAGAUAUUAUUCGCAGUCUUUGUAAAGGAAAAAGAAACGCUUUGUGAUAGUUAAUUUAUUUUCAAUAAUGCUUCUUAUCGAUUUGUCCAUUUGGUAAAAACCGAAAUUUUGAUUCUAAGCAAUCUUGGUUAGGAUAGUGUGUUAGGUGGAUUGAAAUAAGAUGUUCCACCCUUUUCCCGCAAAGCCAGUAAAUUUAUUUGUGGAACCCCAGGCUGUUUGUAAACAUCUUGCAUUUUCGUUAUUCAAUUUUACUAACUAGAUUAAAUUUUUACUGGUUUUGUUGUUAGGGAUUUUGUUUCGGUAUUUGGGCUUACUGUUAUUUUGGACCAGUUGAGACAAUUCCAAGCAUUUACCAAGAAUUAUUAUGAAGUUGAAUAUUAUGAGAAAAUCUUUGGCUUAGGGUAAUAGGUUAAGUGUAACUCGGCACUUUAUCGCAGUGGUCCCUUUAUCGGUAAUAGAUCGAGUUCAGCUGUCUUUAGGAACGCUGUUUAAAUGGCCUCUUGUGGGAACAUGCAACCUCAACCUAAGUCGUGUGGGAUAUUGUGAGAAAGUACACAGCCUGUAGUUCAUGUCACAUUCUAUAUAUAAAUAAAUAUAUAUGUUGUGGUCGUCAUGUUGUUAGCCCCAUUUUCUAUAAAUGUAAACGGAAUUUAUUA